CAAAUCAGUAAUCUGCAACAGCAUCUCAUUAGCCGUACUACUUCCUGGUUCCUUUCCUUCUUCCGAGUUCUCAACCUUAAAGACAUCAAACAACCUAAACUCCUCUGAAAAUGGCAUUGAGAAUCCAUCUCCUUUCCCCAAAAUUCCCCCACCAACCUCCGAAACUGCACACCAAUCCCUUCCCCUCCAUAUCCAAAUCCCAUCUCAGCACCGCCACAAGACCCAAAACCCGAACAAUCCUCUGCACCAGCGGCGGCGGCAGCAGCAGCAGGCAGCAACCAUGACGUGAUGAGUGACGUGGAGCUUGCGUCGGAUUUGUCCAAGAUGAACAGUCUCUUGGCGCAGAGGGAGGAGGCCAUGAACAAGAGCAGGCAGCUCCUCUUCGCGGAGCUCUGCCAAUUCGUGGGUUCGAAUUCGGAGGAGGUGAAGAAGAAAUGGGGGAAGUUGGAGGAGGAGGAGAAGAUGGUUUUGGUGAAAGGGUUUGUUUUGGAGUGGGGUGUCAAUUUCCACCCGCUGUCUGCAAAGUCCGUAAAGCAGUUGGUGGAGGAACAUGUCCAGGAACAAAACCCUAAACCUGCGAACUCGAAAUCGUCUUCUUCUUCUGCUGUUUCUGUUUUGUUUCCUGGUUUCAAGAGAAUGAUGGGCUUCUCUGACGACGACAAAUAGAUCCAUCCAUCCAUCACUUUUCAUUUUUCACUUUUGUUUUGGAUUUCAGUUUCAUCAGUCAUUCAUUUUAAUUUGUUAUCCAGAAACAUGGUUUUUCGUUAUCAAAGUUCAAAUAGCAUUGUAAAUCCACAUAAAUGAGAAUUUCU